UGAAGCUAGUCUAUUUACUUGUUUUUGAUCCAACUCCCGGCCAUGGACACCUCCACGGACAUGGAGGACCUAGCCAGCGUUUCUUUCGCCGACUUUGAGCCGAAAUCCACCGAGGCGGACAUUUCCUGCUACCAGAGCUUCCAGCCACAAGGGAAACACGACAUCUCGCUGGACCUUUCGCUCGGCCAAAAGUCGGAGAACUUAUUCGUCGCCGACCAGACGCCCACGCCCACGCGCCUGAUCAAGAACUGCGACGAGGUGGGUCUCUUCGAGGACCUGCAACACGUGAAUCCCUUUGACAUCGGCUUCCAGCGGGCGGCGGAGCAGAACGUCAGCGGCACUCCCAAUCGUCCAGAGGGUCCUCCCCUCGAUGGAGAGUCCCUGCACACGCCGCAGGUUUACCCACUGGAGACCAGCGUGUCAGCAGUACAGCCUGCCAAUCCCGUCAGUCGGAGCGACAGCUGCGGCACCGUGGAUGUAGAUCAGCUGCUGGCCUCCACUGGAGACACUGCCCCCGCCGUCUGUGGAGCGGGUCCUCCUCCCCUGCAGCUGAUCCAGCCGCAGGUAAUCACGUGGGUGCUGCCUGCCCAGUCGGUUCCCGUUCCCCUGGCAGCAAAUGACUGUCCGAGAGGGAAGUCCACUGGCGCCAAUCGCCCCUACAUACUGCCCAAGCCGAGUGCCCAGGGAUCGGGCUGCGUAAGCAGAAGGCCUGAGCCCAUUCUGGUCGGCUCCAACCCACCACCCGAGCCCAGCAGCGCCAGCCUAACGCCCACCUCACAACUGCCCAUCAAAGAGCGAUUAAAAGCCAUCCUGCACAACAACAACAAGAGACGUCACUUCUCCACGCCGCCUAAGGCAUCAAAGCCAAAGGAUCGCAGUCGGGACGAGGACUGCAUGGAGCGGCGAAGGGCGGCUGCCUGUCGAUACCGCACCAAAAUGCGAAACGAGCACAAGGAUCUGCUUAAACAGAACUCCCAACUGCAGCAGGAGAACCAAGAGCUGCUUGAAAGAAUCGCGCGACUGGAAAAAGAGCUGCAACAACACAAAUCCCACAGCUUAGCUGGUGUGGUGGCCAACCAGCUGCAGAUUACUCCAUCCAGCAUACACCUUCUAAUUAACGUACCCAGCAUGUUAGUGCCCGCGUCUGCCAGCAGCAGCGUUGCGGACAAAAAGUAGCCAGUAUGCCUUAUUCAUUUAUUUAUUUUUCGGUGCCAUGUAAAUAAUCCUAGCUUUAUAUGUACAUAUGUCUGUACAAAAGGCAUCAAUUUGUUAUGCUAGUUGUUAGUUAAGAAUAUUGCUCUUGCAUCCCCUA